AUGAAUUCAUUGCUCAAGUUAGGCGUUAUAAUAGCAAUGGUUGGAAUAAGUUAUCGAUUAUUGAGAGUGUUUAUUGCCGGUGGAGUUUGCACAAGCAAGGCAAGGAUGUCUGGCAAGACAGUCAUUAUAACCGGAGCAAACUCGGGAAUUGGUAAAGCUACUGCAGUUGACUUAGCGAGACGUGGUGCGAGAGUAAUCAUGGCAUGUCGUGACCUCGAGCGAAGCAAAACUGCUUUGAACUACAUUGUUAAAAAAACAGGUAGUUCAAGUGUAAUUUUAAAGCACCUAAACCUUGCCUCGAUGAAAUCCAUCCGUGCAUUCGCCGAAGACAUCAACACAAACGAGGCUAAGCUUCAUGUUUUAAUAAACAAUGCCGCACUAAUGAGUGGCCGAGAACGGGAGGAGGCAGAAGAUGGACUUGAAUUAACAAUGGCAGUGAAUCAUUUCGGACACUUUUUAUUGACAAAUUUACUUCUGGAUUUAUUGAAGAAAUCAGCGCCCUCACGCGUUGUUGUUGUCGCAUCAAUUGCCCAUCAUAAUUAUAUGGAAACUCGAUCACCUUUCAGAUUUGAUAAUAUGCACAGCGAAAUAUUUUACACUCUCUGGGAAGCUUAUGGUCAAAGUAAGUUGGCGAAUAUUUUAUUUACUCGUGAGUUGGCAAGACGUUUAAGUGGCAGUGGUGUUACAGCGAAUUCACUUCAUCCUGGAAUAUCUAAAACAGGGCUAUUCAAUUUUACCCGCCAUUUUGGAUGCCCAGAGAACAUAGGAAAUUUGUUGUCACGAGUUACAACUUUAAUUUCCAAGACAGCUGAAGAAGGGGCACAAACGGUCAUACAUUUAGCUGUGUCUGAAGAAGUCGAGGGCACCACUGGGAAGUAUUUUGUGGAUUGUAAAGAACAAGAUCCGGCAAAAACAGCACAGGAUGACGUAGCAGCAAACAGAUUGUGGCACACCAGUGCUGAACUUGUAGGGUUAGGGAUAAUGACUAAAAAAGUAUGA